AUGGAAUCCUUCCAAGCUACACCGUUUUCUACCCUCCUCUCUCAUUUCCCAACUCUCCACAGCUACAACGUAAAUGGACCAAUGCCCUUCCCUCGAAUCCCUAGACUCCAUAAUCUUUACAUCCCUUCAAAACCAUCAUUCACUACCAAUUAUCCUUCGCUUACCCGCACUAGCUCUCAAACUCAACGCAGCAACUCACUAAAAUUCCAUAAAUUCACCGUUUUCGCCUCCAAUAGAAACCCAACACCACACAACAACACAUCACCAUCUGAUAACAAAAAUCUAAUCAUCACCAGCUCCGCAAUUACAGUAUUAUUAGCCAUUGCUAAUCGUGUGCUUUACAAGCUGGCUCUCGUUCCAAUGAAAGAAUACCCUUUCUUUUUAGCUCAAUUCACCACUUUCGGGUACGUGGCGAUUUACUUUUCGAUAUUGUACGCGAGAUACCGUGCAGGAAUUGUGACUAAGGAAAUGAUAGCGCUUCCAAAAUCGCUGUUUGUUGCUAUUGGUAUUUUAGAAGCACUUGGAGUUGCUGCUGGAAUGGCUUCUGCUGCUAUGCUUCCUGGACCUGCCAUACCAAUAUUGAGUCAGACAUUUUUGGUAUGGCAGCUGAGUUUUUCUGCCAUUCUCCUGGGUCGAAGGUACUCGUUUAAUCAAAUAGCUGGCUGCUUGCUUGUAGCUAUUGGUGUAGUGGUGGCUGUUGGAAGCGGAUCUAAUGCUGAUGAGAUGCUAUCUGGAGUUGAAUUCAUAUGGCCAGCAGUAAUGAUACUAUCAAGUGCUUUUCAAGCUGUUGCAUCUAUCAUUAAGGAAUUUAUAUUUAUCGAUGCAGCAAAACGCCUAAAGAGUCCUCAACCUGGUUACAUGCAGGGACAGUCGCUUGACAUAUUUUUUGUCAAUUCUUUUGGAUCUGGCUUUCAGGCUCUUUUUGUGCUUCUCUUUCUUCCUUUCUUAUCAAACUUGAAAGGCAUACCUUUUGCGCAACUUCCUUCAUAUUUGAAAAGUGGUGCUGGUUGCUUAUUAAAUAUUGGAGCCAAUACACCAGGCAAGUUCUCAUGUUGUGGCAGAUAUUCUGCUAGACAUCUUGCUAUAUCUUUUGUUCAUUAUAUUCUGGGAUACCUAUGUUGCGAUGGUUCUCCGUUGCUUCCACUGCUUUACAUAACUACCAAUAUGGCUUUCAACAUAACACUGCUCAACUUAGUAAAAAUUUCUUCUGCAGUUGUUUCCUCUCUUGCUGUAAUGUUAUCAGUGCCAGUUUCAAUUUAUGUACUCUCCCGUCCAUUGCCAUAUCUUCCUGAAGGUGCGAGUUUGAGCCCCUUCUUCCUGUUCGGCAGCAUGAUUCUUGUGCUGGGCCUGGUUCUUUACAAUAUAGCCCAGCCUGCUAAAGAGACUUCAAAAUAG